AUGUCUUCAGCAGGAUCAUCUCACUCCAAGGAGGAUUCACUUUCAACCGUCGAAAAAGAUAAUAAGGAUAACAAGGUUUCUUCUGUUAAACUACACGGUGAGGGCGAUGAGUUCAUUAUUUUAGGAAACCAAAAGUUUUAUCGUCAUGAAUUGAUGAGUGCAUUUGGUGGUUCCUUGAAUCCAGGUUUAGCACCAUACCCAGUACACAAACUUGGUAAUCCGUCGCCAUUAGGAUUAGCUGCUUUUUCUAUGACUACCUUUGUAUUGUCUAUGUACAAUGCUCAAGCCAUGGGAAUUCAAAUACCAAAUGUUGUCGUUGGAUUGGCAUGCUUCUAUGGAGGUGCCGUUCAAUUUUUGGCAGGUGUUUAUGAAUUUCUUGUUUCAAAUACUUUUGGUGCUACAGCAUUAACCUCUUAUGGUGCAUUUUGGGUUAGUUAUGCGGCUAUUAAUAUUGAGAACUUUGGAAUCGUAUCCGCUUAUGGAGAUGAUGAGACACAGCUAGAAAAUGCUAUUGGUUUUUUCUUGCUUGCUUGGGGUAUGUUUACAUUCAUGUUGUUCCUCGUCACUAUGAAAUCUACGGUAGCUUUUGCCCUGUUAUUUUUUUCAUUAUUUUUAACAUUUAUUUUAUUAGCAGGUGGCGCCUUUUCUGGAAAAGUUGGUGUGACAAGAGCUGGUGGCGUUGUUGGUGUUAUAACUGCCUUUAUUGGGUUCUAUAAUGCAUUUGCAGGUGUGGCUAAUUCUGGUAAUUCAUACAUCACUGUUCGCCCUUUCUUCUUGACGAAGCAGGAUUAA